AUGGAAUUUUUUAAAAAUGUAAGAAUUUUUUUUUUAAGAAAACAAUUAGAUGAAAACAAACUCAGCAUUCGUGGUCAUUCCCUCAGAUCCGCAGUAUUAUAUGCACAAGCAAAAAAAUGUAAAAAAAGAAGCAUAUUAUCACAUAUUUUAUCAGCUAAACCAUGCUCUGUGUUACCACUUAUCAUGAUUUGUGUUAUAUUACAAAUUUCAGAUUUAUGCAACGGUAAUGGAAACGAAGUUUUGGAAUUAAAUUUUAGAAAUAGUUAUGGAAGAAAUUUAUCUGAAUUCUUUGAGGAUAGACGAUCAGGAUCUAAUACUAAAAAAAGAGAAGGAAAAAAAAAUAAUAAGGAAACAUUUAUGAACUCUCCAAUUGUAGAAGAAAAAGAAGAGAGUGGUGGUUGUAGAUAUGAAGAACUAGAAACAAUUUUGGGUGGGUCUUUUAAUGCUAAUUCUGGUAAUAAUAAAUCUUAUUAUGUUGCAAUACCGGAGGAUCAAGCAUCAGAGCAAUCUGAAGACGAAUCGGAAUCAGAAAGAGUUCAAUUUGUACAGCCAGAUAUAGAAGAGUAUCUAGAAGUAGAUGUAGACCAGUUUGCACAACCAGAAUUAGGACAUUAUGGAGAAUCAGGGGACAAACAUAGAGAAUCAGAAGAACAAUACGAAGAUUCUGAUGAAGAAGAGGACGAGGAUGAUGACGAUAAUGAUAUGUUAAAUUUCGGAAAAGAUUUCUCUGAAUUUGGAUUUCCAAGGAAAAGGAAAAGUGAAGAUUUAAUAGAUUUCGAAGGUGACGAUCUGCUAUCUCCUGAUUCAGAUACCGAUACAGAUACAGACACGGAAUCGAGAAAAAUGUUAUCAGAAGAAGAAUUAUAUAAAAGAAUUAGAAGGUUAAGGGGAACCAUAGAUUACAAGGAACUUCUUCAUUUAUGGAACAAUUUUAAUACAAUUGAGAAUAAUAAAUUCCAAGCUAUGCAAAGACAUUUAUGGAAUUGGUGUGAACUAUUAGCAUUUGAAUAUAAAAUUCCAGAAGAUGUUUUACUAACCGAAUGGAAAAGAAUUGUUGAUUUCACAUCUGAUGAAUUAAUGAGAAAGACUGUUAAUGAUUAUAAAGAUUUUAAGGAAUUAGUUAAGCACGAAAUAAAUGAUAGAGAGGAUUUUUUGCACUUUAUAAAACACAAAAAAGAAUCAUGGGGAAAUUUUAAAUUAAGAACUGAGACCAUAUGGAAAAGUAUGAUGGAUAACAAGUUUAGGACAUAUAAUGAAAAUGAUAUGGAUUAA